AUGAAGCCCUCCAUGCCACCGAGUACCUUCCUGCUGGCUUUCACACUGCUCUGCACCCUGCUGGGUCUUGGGUGCCCGUUAAGCUGCGAGGUGUGUAGGGGCUCCGGGCCCACGUGCAGCGGAAAAAUGAAGACUUGCGAGGCCGGCAAGGACGCCUGCGUGGUCAUCGUGGGGGAGUCGAGCACCAAGGGUCGCCACUCAGUGAACACCUACAAGGCCUGCAUGAAGUUCAGCGACUGCUACUCAGGUUUUGUAUCCACUACCAUGGGCCCCAAGGACUACAUGGUGUCCAACACAUACUGCUGCCAGAGUGACGGCUGCAACCAUGGCUCGGUGUCCCCUCCCCAGAACAACCGUACUGAGAAUGGCCUCCAGUGUCCUGCCUGCAUCGUACCCUUCCAUGAGACAUGCCCUGGGACCGAGGCAGCCCGCUGUGUUGGCCAGGAAACCCACUGCAUCUACUUCGCUGGCGAUGUGCAGGCUGGUAUCAUCAACACCAGGUUUGCCACUCGAGGCUGUGCUACAGAGAGUGCCUGCAACACCAAGCCUGGGGCCGAGGUGCCCUCAGCCUCCUAUCUCUACUUCCUCCGCCGAGCAGACUGCCUUCCAGCCCCUCAGACCACAGGCAGGGCGGAGUGA